CUCUCGUUCUCUCAAACUCAGCGUCUCUUCCAUCUGCUGCUUCUUCUUCUGCAGGAAAAUGGGUACGCGUGUUGCUAAUAAAUCAAGAAACCCACUUGCUUUUAUUACUAUUAGUAUAUUCGAAAAUCAUUAUUGCUGCUUUCAUGAUAGACUUAGACUUAGAGUUAGUGUAAGGCAGCUAAAACCAUUUCACGGUCUUUAUUCUACUCUCACUGGUAGAGAAAACUUGCAAAGCCCAUAUCAGAAUCAGAUUCAGUUCUUGAAAUCUGUGAGAGAUCAGUGCAAAUCUCGAAGCUUAAGGAACGUUGAUCAUGCCUUAGACAUGUUUGAUAAAAUGCUUCACAUGCGCCCUUUGCCUUCCAUUGACGAUUUUAAUCACAUGUUGGGUGCCAUUGCAAGAUUGAAGCAUUACCCGGGAGUAAUUUCGCUAUAUAAACAAAUGGAAUCAUUAGGAAUCUCUCCAAAUGUUUGUACUUUGAAUACUUUGAUUAAUUGUUUCUGUCAUUUGAACCAUCUAGAUUUUGGAUUCUCUGUCUUAGCAACAAUUUUGAAACUUGGUUAUCAACCAAACCAUAUAACUCUUAACACCCUUAUAAAAGGGCUGUGUCUUCGAGGUCACAUUGCUGGAGCUGUGAGAUUGGUAGAUGAAAUGGAGAGAAAAGGGUAUCAACCUGAUGCAUUUACUUGUGGAACCAUGGUGAACGGUUUGUGUAAGAUUGGUGAGACUGAUAUGGCUAUUAGGUUGCUUAGGAAUAUGGAAGAAGGGAAUUUUGAGCUUGAUAUGACAACAUAUAACACAAUCAUUGAUAGUUUAUGUAAGGACAGAUCGGUAACUGAGGCUUUGAACCUUUUAUCUAAAAUGAAGAGUAAAGGCAUUCAGCCAAACCUUGUCACUUACAAUUCCUUAAUUCAAGGCCUAUGCAAUCUCAGCUGGUGGAGGGAGGCUACUACUCUGUUGAAUGAGAUGGUGCAAAGGAAGGUGAUGCCAAAUGUGCUAACCUUUAGCAUAUUGGUGGACGCACAUUGUAAAGAGGGGAUGCUGAUGAAGGCAAAAGAAGUUUUUGGUGUGAUGAUUCGAAGAGGCAUUGAACCUAACACUGUCACUUAUAGCUGUUUGAUUGAUGGUUACUGUUUGCAAAACAAAAUGGAUGAUGCUGUGAAAACAUUUAAUAUGAUGAUUGAGAGAGGUUGUUUGCCUAAUCUGUUUAGUUAUAACAUAUUGAUCAAUGGAUAUUGCAAAAAUAAAAGAAUUAAUGAGGCAAUGCAUCUCUUUCGUGAAAUGUCCAACAAGGGAAUGAUUCCUGACGUUGUGACAUACAACACUCUUAUAAGGGGGUUUUGCCUAGUGGAGAGACUUCAAGCUGCGCUAGAGCUAUUCCAUAAGAUGCAAGAUUGUGGCGAAUGUCCAAGUCCCCAAACCUAUGCUAUCUUGUUGGAUCGCCUUUGUAAGAACAAAAAAAUUGGUGAGGCGAUGACAUUGUUUCAAGAGAUGGAAGACGAAAAGUUGGACCACAAUAUUGUGAUCUACAACAUCUUGAUUGACGGUUUGUGUAAUAUUAAGAAACUUACAGCUGCAAGAGAACUCUUUAAUAGUUUGCCAUUGAAGGGAUUGCAACCUAAUGUUUGGACAUAUACCAUAAUGAUCAGAGGGCUUUGCAAAGAGGGACUAAUAGAUGAAGCAUGUGAGCUCCUUGAGAAAAUGGAUGGGAAUGGUUGUUCACCUAAUGAUCGUACAUAUAACACACUCAUCCAAGGUUUAUUGCAAGGGAAUGAGACAUCAAAGGCUAUAGAAUUUGUUAAGAUAAUGGUUGGCAAGGGUUUUUCAGCAAAUGCAUCUACUGCAUCCAUGUUGAUUGACUUAUUAUCUGCAGAUCCAGGAGAUGAAGUUGCCAUCUCAGCUUCCAACACAGGUGGCGAAUGGGAAAUGAAAAGAAAUACAGCUGUUGGUAAUGAACAUGCAAAAGCACUUAUCCUAAAGGGUCAGAUGCUUACAAGUAGAAAAAACCCAAAUCAGAAUCAGAAUCAGUUCUUGAAAUCUGUGAGAGAUCAGUGCAAAGCUGGAAGCUUUAGGAAUGUUGAUCAUGCCUUAGACCUGUUUGAUACAAUGUUUCACAUGCGCCCUUUGCCUUCCAUUCUGGAUUUUACUCUAUUGUUGAAUGCCAUUGCAAGAAUGAAGCAUUACUCUCUGGGCCUCUGUCUUCAAGGUAACAUUGCUGAAGCUGUGAGGUUGGUAGAAGAUAUGGAGAGGAAUGGGUAUAAACCAGAUGCAAUUACUUGUGGAACGAUACUAAAUGCUCUGUGUAAGAUUGGUAAGACUGAUAUGGCUACUGGGUUGCUUAGGAAGAUAGAAAAAAAGUAUUUUGAACCUAAUGUAGUGUUUUACAACACAAACGUUGACAGUUUAUGUAAGGAUAGAUUGGUAAUAGAGGCUUUGAACCUUUUAUCUGAAAUGCAAGGUAAAGGCAUUCAGCCAGAUGUUAUCACUUACACGUGCUCAAUUCAAGGCCUAUGCAAUUUUGGCCGGUGGAGGGAGGCUACUACUUUGUUGAAUGAGAUGACACAAAGGAAGAUCAUGCCAAAUGUGCAAACCUUUAGCAUAUUGGUGGACACACUUUGCAAAGAAGGGAUGUUGACCGAGGCAAACGAAGUUUUUACUGUGAUAAUUCAAAGAGGCAUUGAACCUAACACAGUCACAUAUAGCUCUUUGAUUGAUGGCUACUGUUUGCAAAACAAAAUGGAGGAUGCUAUCAAAACAUUUAAUAUGAUGGUUGAGAGAGGUUGUUCACCUGACGUGUUUAGCUAUAACAUAUUAAUCAAUGGAUAUUGCAAAAAUAAAAGAAUUGAUGAAGCAAGGAGUCUCUUUGAUGAAAUGUCCAACAAGGGAGUGGCUCCCAGCAUUGUGACUUACAAUAUAGGUGGGUUUUGUCGAGUGGAGAGACCCCAAACUGCACUAGACCUAUUUCAUAAGAUGCAGGCAUGUGGCCAACUUCCAGAUCCCCAAACCUAUGCUAUCUUGUUGGAUGGUAUUUGUAAGAACAAAAAAAUUGGGGAGGCAAUGGCAUUGUUUCAAGAGAUGGAAGAUAAAAAUUUGGACCACAAUAUUGUGUUUUACAACAUCUUGAUGGACAGUAUGUGCAAUGCUGGGGAACUUACAAUUGCAAGAGAAAUCUUUAAUAGUCUUCUUUCAAAAGGAUUGCAACCUGAUGUUCAGACUUACACUAUAAUGAUCAAAGGGUUUUGUAAAGAGGGGCUAAUUGAUGAAGUGAGUGAGCUGCUAGAGAAAAUGGAUGGGAAUCAUUUUUCUCCUGAUGAUUGCACAUAUAACACAAUCAUCCAAGGGUUUGUUGCAACAAAAUGAGACAGCAAAGGUUAUGGAACUUACAAAGAUAAUGGUUGACAAGGAUUUUCAGCAAAUGCAACCAUUGCAUCCAUGUUGGUUGACUUGCUAUUUGCAAAUCCAGGAGAUAAAGCACUUCAAGAAUUACUUCAUUAUUAAGAC